UUAAUUGGGGCUGUCAGGCCGCGGCGCGCGCGGAGGGCUGGCCGGCCGGGUGGGGACCGAGGGCCGGGAGGCCGGGGCGGCGGGCGCACAGCUCGGCGGGAGGCGGGCGCCCGGAGACGCGGCUGCGGGCGGGGGGGGGCCCGCGCGGCCGGGGCGCCGUCCCAGGGCGAGGUGCCCGGCCCCGGCCCCGGGCCGCCCGCGCUGCCCCCGCCACACACACCACCACCGCGACUCCUCAUGAAAAACCAGCUCCGCGGCCCCCCAGCGCGGGCGCACAUGUCGGCUUCGGGGGCGGCGGCGGCGGCGGCGGCGGCGGCGGCGGCGGCUGGGAGCACCCGGGCGGCGUCUGAGCCUGCUGCGGGGUCUGGGGCCGGCGCGGGUACCGGGGCGGGCGCGGCGACGGCCGCGGGAGCCAUGCCCUGCAAGAGCGCCGAGUGGCUGCAGGAGGAGCUGGAGGCGCGCGGCGGCGCGUCCCUGCUGCUGCUCGACUGCCGGCCGCACGAGCUCUUCGAGUCGUCGCACAUCGAGACGGCCAUCAACCUGGCCAUCCCGGGCCUCAUGCUGCGCCGCCUGCGCAAGGGCAACCUGCCCAUCCGCUCCAUCAUCCCCAACCACGCCGACAAGGAGCGCUUCGCCUCGCGCUGCAAGGCGGCCACCGUGCUGCUCUACGAUGAAGCCACGGCCGAGUGGCAGCCAGAGCCCGGCGCUCCAGCCUCAGUGCUCGGCCUGCUCCUGCAAAAGCUACGCGACGACGGCUGCCAGGCCUACUACCUCCAAGGUGGUUUCAACAAGUUCCAGACGGAGUACUCGGAGCACUGCGAGACACACGUGGACAGCUCAUCCUCACCCAGCAGCUCGCCACCCACCUCGGUGCUGGGCCUGGGCGGCCUGCGCAUCAGCUCUGAUUGCUCGGAUGGUGAGUCGGACCGGGAGCUGCCCAGCAGUGCCACCGAGUCAGACGGCAGCCCUGUGCCAUCCAGCCAGCCGGCCUUCCCCGUGCAGAUCCUGCCCUACCUCUACCUCGGCUGCGCUAAGGACUCCACCAACCUGGACGUGCUGGGCAAAUAUGGCAUCAAGUACAUCCUCAACGUCACACCCAACCUGCCCAACGCCUUCGAGCAUGGUGGCGAGUUCACCUACAAGCAGAUCCCCAUCUCUGACCACUGGAGCCAGAACCUCUCCCAGUUCUUCCCCGAGGCCAUCAGCUUCAUUGACGAAGCCCGCUCCAAGAAGUGUGGCGUCCUGGUGCACUGCCUGGCAGGCAUUAGUCGCUCAGUGACGGUCACCGUGGCCUAUCUGAUGCAGAAGAUGAACCUGUCACUCAACGACGCCUAUGACUUCGUCAAGAGGAAAAAAUCAAACAUCUCGCCCAACUUCAACUUCAUGGGGCAGCUGCUGGACUUCGAGCGGACGCUGGGGCUGAGUAGCCCAUGCGACAACCACUCGUCCAAUGAGCAGCUGUACUUCUCCACGCCCACCAACCGCAACCUGUUCCCGCUCAACACGCUGGAGUCCACGUGAGGCAGGGUGCCCUGAGGUGGACGCAGUGCCGUGUUCUGCAUCCCUCCCCAUCCAAGGACCCCCUGGCCGGCACCUGUCCCCAGUCCAGGCCCAAGUGGGGGUGCUGAGCUCCCCUCGUGCCUCCCCCUCUGGCCCGCAGGCGAGGCCACUCUCGCAAGACUUGCUCAGACACAGGCCUUGGGGCCCAGGACAUCUUUGUGCCAGCAGCCUUGGCCAAUGUGGCUCCUUUUUCAAAAGCGCACCUAUGGACCCAAGUGUGUCCCGUUCUUAAGGCAUGGGAAUCCAAACCCUGCCCCACACACAGAGAGUGUGCACACUCUUCUGAAAAAAAGUUUUUUAAACAAAAAGUAUUAUUUUCAGGCUCCACACAACAGUGGAUUGUAUCAACCAGUGUUUCAACCCUUUCUUGAUCCCGCGCGCAUGAGACGCAUUCUCAGUUUUGUUCUUCCCAGUUCAAAAAAAAGCAUUAUCGGUGUGUUCCGUUUUGGUUUUCCAAUGGAAAAGACAUACCAAUCCCGGCCCUUUGUAGAUCUUGACCAAAUGCAUUUUGCA